UGUAAAUGCCGGGUUCUAAGAAGAAAAUGCCGCAAAAAUAUAUCACGUUAAUUUUUUUGUUCAAAACAAACAUAACGAAGCUGCAGCAAAUUCAUUAAGGCAGCCAUUUUGACUUGACGAAAGUUGUUAUUACUUAUAUAGUUGUCGCUCUCCUAUACAAAGCAUAUGCCAGGGCCAUGUGAAGGAGAAAAAGAGAACAACAGUGGAGUUUUCGUUGAAAUUACGUUAAAAACGGUUGGAUUUUUUAGUGUGUGAAAAAUUUUAACAGAGUAGUACAGUGUUGCUUGUGAAUUGCAAAAUUUAAUAACUGACUAAAAUAUAUUUAGAGCUGCAUUUUUUGAGGAAUUUUUUAGAUAAUCAAACUAAAACAAGAUUUUUCGUGUAGCAAAGGACAACGAAAAAGUGUGUUUAAUGUAAAUUUUUAAUGUAAGGCGACACUUUCGGCUAUAAACAUUUAACGCGUCAGAGAAAAAGAGAGGAAGGAAAAAAAAUAGAAUACUGACUACAAUUAAGCUGCUGCCUCCAAGACUCAACAUCAAAAUUGUUCCCAAUAACAAUAAAAAAUGAAUAAUCAAAUGAAUAGUGCAGUGCGUAAAAUACAUAAUCUGCUCUCGAGUGGAGCAGUAACGGUUACCGGACCUAAUCAACCGCGUAUACUUAAACAAAAAAUUGUUGGUUCCGGUGCAACCGCAACAACAGUUACAACAGCUUCGCUUGCGAAUAAUGUACAACAACAGCAAGUUGUUACGACAACCAUAAAUCGUUGCUAUGUCUGCGACGAUGCAUUGAGUGCCAAUCAGGCUCAACAUCAACUAACAGAAAUGCAGACAACGCACACAACAACAAAAUUUCCCAAUAAAAUUGGUCAAUUGGUCGGUGAUGCCUUUAUGGUAAUUGUUAGUGUCGAGGAUGUUGUUUGUUCACGUUGUACAAAUCUCAUCAAUUAUUUGGAUCGUUUGGAAAAUGAUGUCGAACGUGUUCGUACAAAUCUAAUGAAUUUGUUGCAUAAAAAAUAUGGUUUAAAUGAUGAUAGCGGUGGAAUUGUAAAUGCUGCUACAACUGUUGUCGCCAGUGGUGUUAGUACUCCAUCAAUUGCCGCUACAGCUACGAAUGUUACAAAUAAUGUUUCUUCUUCGGCCACACUACAAGCACCGCCUAAUAAGUUACAAAAACUAAAUAGUGGAGCAGCGGUUAGCGCUGUACAACAAAUGAAAAUAUCUACACAAUCUCCAACAAAUAUACAACAACAAUCGGCCGGCACACAAACGCUACAGCGGAAAACAACAAAAAUCUACAAGUGUUUAUCGUGUGACUAUAAGACCUCAGAUAUGCGUCUCUUCAAUACGCACUACGAAACUUGUAAACAUCAAAAUUUCCAAUGUAAAAAUUGUAAGAAAAUAUUCCCCAACUUUGGAGCGAUGAAACAACACAUGGUACGUGAACAUAAUACACCCAUGGAUAAUACAUGUGCUGUCUGUCACAUAAAUUUCGUAAGUGAAUCGGCUUUGCGUAAACAUAUGGAAAUCAAUCAUAGUACGAAUGUGGUCGUAACAAGUACAACAACUCUACCCGUGUCGCAAAAUGCGGCACCAGCUGCAGAUCCUAUAACAGCCGUGAAUGCACAAGCUUCCCCAGGCACUACGACCACACCGCUCUAUACAUGUAAUCACUGUCAGUUCAAGUCCACCGAUAAGAUAACAUUUGAUGAGCACAUGCGCAAACAUAUGUCCGGAGUAAAAUCGAAACCAUUUAAAUGUCGUCUGUGUGCUCAACGGUUUGAGACUCGUGAGGCGGCCACAACACAUGCUAAACAACAUCAGGGCAAUGUAUUCAAGUGUGGUACUUGUUCCAUGUCUUUCCCCAAAAGAGAAAUGUUGGUUAAACAUUUCGAGGAACAUCAACAGCAGCAACAGAAUACGCAACAACUUCAACAGCAGCAGGUUCAGCAACAACAGCAAAUGAUUACGAUUAAACAACAGCAGGCGCCGCAAGCCUCACAGAAUAUGCUUACCACUCAAAAGCUUUUGCAGGAUACCAUCGAUGAAGCUUUAAGUGAUUCAACCACACCAGUAACCACAACCCCCACGACAGAUGUAACAGGAGCGGCUUCUGCUAAUAAUAUACGUUUCUUCUCUUGUCACAUUUGUUCGUUGACAUUCAUACAAGAAAACUACUAUAAUCAACACAUGGAAACCCAUAGAAGGGGAGAUGGUACUACCAAUACCGCUACAACUACGGCCAACACACAUAAAAAGACUUCCAACACGGUCGUAGGAAACAAUUCAUUGUCCACUUUGAAUGCAGCCGCUUUGCUAAGUGAAGCAGCUCAACAGGAAACCAAUGAUAUGGUACAUCACAAUGCUGAUCUAAAUGUUCAUCAUCAGCAACAGCUUCAACAACAGCAGCAGCAAACUGCCACUAUGGGUAAUGCCGGUAAUAACACCAUUUCUGAGGCAGACAUAGAAAGCAUUUUUGAAAAAAUGCAUUCCGAUAAGGGAGACGCUGGUGUUACGGCCACAACAACUUCGUCUGGUAAUGGUGGCGGUAGCAAUGAUCAAGUUGUUAUUACAUCACAAGCUGGUUCUGGCGGUGGCAUAACCUUUAAUAUUACUAUACCCGGACAAGAAGGAGCUGGCGUAGUAUCGACUAGCGAAGAUCACACCACUAAUACGACCACAACAACCACUGCACCUGUGUCAGUAAGCAUAGAUAUGCCCAUGCUUGACCAACCAGACGAUUCAACAAAUGCUUCGACAACGACCACUACAACCACCACAACAGCAUCGACAAAUCUGAAGUCAGAAUCACCAAAACCAACUACAACUGGACCGGUCAGCAUGCCUAGCUUAGACGAUGAUAACGAAGACCAACAACCUGCUAAUCCAACAAAUGUAUCUAGUGAGAAUUCCAAGAAUAUGGAAGAACCUGCCCAACAUAAUUCUGAAGAGUCUGCAGCAUCUGCCUCAAAACAACCUGCCACAGAUGAGGGAGCCCCUAAAACGGAAGAGUCUUCAGCAAACAAUCAUUCAGCUGAACAGCCAGUUGAGGAGCAGACAACUCUCGAAAAUACAGCCACGACAGACAACCAACAAACAGAAUCCGUAGCGGGCGAUGAAGCACAUCAACAGCAACAGCAGCAGCAACAAGAAGCGGCUGAAGCGGCACAAGAACAGCAACAACAACAAACCCAUGAACAUCAUGAAUUGGCGGCCGGUGCUGAUGCUGGCGUUGUUGAGGGUGAACAACAACAGCAUGUUGCUAUGGAAUUGGACGAGGCUGCCAUGCAGGCUCAAGUUGAUGGGGGACAAAUUAAAUUUAUUCUCAACGAAAGUGGACAACUUUUGCAACUUGAUAAUCACAUUCUUACCGAUGCUGAUGGUAAUCAAAUUCUCGUACAAGAUCCCGAGCACAUACAACAGUUGCUUCAGUCGGUGGGUGUCCUUCAGUCUGGUGAAGGUCUCGAUGGUGAAACUCUUCAAAUGAUGACCGAUGCUAAUGGACAAAUGGUCUUAGUGCAGGGUGAAAACAAUGAAACUCAACUGAUUGAUGCCUCUCUUCUUAAUGCCGAAGGCCAACUGGUCAUACAGCAGUCACAGGAUGGCGAUGGUGGUGCCCAUGUCAUUGGCGAAGAUGGUACACGUAUUCCAGUAUCCGUUUCCUACACCGAAGAUGGUCAACCUAUUGUUCAGGUCCAACAACAAGUACUAGAAGCAGCCACUGCCGGCGGCGAGGCUGGUGUUAUGGAAAAGGACGCCUCUGGCGUAGAAGGAACAGCAACAGCGGGUGGCACGGACAAAAUAGCAAUUAGCUCGGAUUAGGGGUGGCUACUAUAAAAUGUGUAUCAUAUUCAAUAAAAAAUAAUAAUAAUUGCAUAGCGUAUAGUUACAGCUAAAGGCCCUUGAUUUUUCAUUUUGGUGUGGUAGUUGGAGUGUAAAACAGAUUUCAUUUAAAUUCAAUGGAACUUGUUAAAGGAUGUCUGUCCCCUCUCUGAUUCUGAGAUAAAUAUUCAUUAAGUACGAAUGUAAGGCUUUUAUUCUGAAAAACAAAUAUUAAACGAGAGGAUAUCAUCAUUACUGGAAAUGACCUGCUACCACAAUCAACCAUUGUUUCUUUAUAAAAAUAGCGUUACAAAUAACACGCUUAAUAAAAACAAAUAAAUUGAUUAAUUUAGUUUUUUUUUUAAUAGUAUUUAAGUUGUAAAAUAUGCUUAAAACUUUCAUAUAUAGUUUUAUUAAUAUUAUUUUUUUAUAAUUUUUAAUUCUAAUGUCAUUAAUUUACAUUAGUUUUUAGCAAAGCAAAAAGUCAGACGAAAAAACACUUUUUUUAUAUAUUUAUAAAAAACAACAACAACAAAUAACUCCUCCCAAAAACAAAACAAACAACACAUUUAUCCACCCACUAAAACAUAUUUUUCAAUUAAGAUAACAUUUUCAACAAAUUAAAAAACAAAAAAAAAACAACUAAAUGAAAUCUUCUAAAAAAAUAAUAAUGAAACUCAUUUAAAACAAUAACAACAAUACGUUUAUACAAAAUUGUUUGUAAAGCAGUAAUACUAUAGAGUUCAUUAACAAUUUUUUUUAUUAAUUUAAUGCAAUUAAAAUCCCAAUAAAAUAAAUAACCUUAUAAAAACAAA